UGCAGACUCGCACAGCAUUUCUGGACCUUCUGGCUUGAGAAACAGAGAAAAUGGUGUGGAACGACAUGAGGGCACCCAUGGUACCACUGAGGGGUCUCAUCUUCCUCUGCCUGCUUCAUCUGUGUGUUCAAGGCAUUCAGGGUGUGAACACUGCCGUCCUUGUUAAAAUGAUCCAGUAUUUUCAUGACAAUGUCCAGCCAAAAACCCAAUCGCAAACUGAUGCUCAAUACGCAUUAGCAAUCAGAGUCCCACUGGAUCAGUGUACAAAAGAAGAAUCUGAUAUCCAGACUGUGUUCAGCAGGUAUGAUGCUCAAAAAGUAAAAGAUAAGCUCGAUAAAGGAGAGAAAUGUUUACUCAAUGAAGGAGAGGAAUGCACACCAUCAAAAAAUGUCAUCGCCACAAGGCCAGAUCUAAAAACAAAGGAACAUGCUGAGCAUAUUCUGCUCUAUCCUCUUUGUAAAUCUCCCAUGGAUGAACUUCUAAAAAAAGAUAAAAUUGUUAAGGAUAACUGUGUAGUUUUCUUUUCUUACUACUCACCUUGUGUGAAAACAUGCAUUCAGGGCCAAAAUAAUAUUUCCAAGGGCCUUUCAAACUGGAUAAAUAAAAGAAAAGAGGGAAUGAAUGCAUUUGUCUUCCAAGAGAUCUGGCAGAAGGACAAGAAGAAGGAUCUGCAAGAAGAAUUUCCAAAGAUCAAUGCGGUAGUGCCUCUUUACCGCUGUAAGAGAACCAGUAAUGUGAUGGCAUGUCGGAAAUGUGUGGAAAAUAACAUUGUGGAUGGUUUCUGUCUGCCUGAAAAACAAUAAGUAAUUUUCCUUUUCUUGAAAAUGCUUCUGUCAAUGAUCAAACUGUGACUUGUUAAUAAAUGAUUUCCUCUUCAUAUAUUUCAUUAAACUAUGCUACGGGCUAUGAAACCAGAAAUAUCACUCACACACACACACUUCUUUGAAGUAUCAUUCUUGUACACCUGUUCUGAGCAUAAUAAAUGUUAUUUAAUCAUGUAUCAUUUGUGGA